AUGGCCACUUCCACAUUUCUGUCCCUAACAUGCACUCCUCAAAGCAUGUUGCAUUCCAAACAUAAGUCACAUACACAAUCCUCAACCAUGUCAUUGUUGUCACCUCAAUUAGGUCAAAAAGGUCUCUAUAACCCUCUAAGACACAAUGUGUCUUCUCCAAUUCAAGUGAAACCUAAGAGAAUUCAUGUUGGUGGCUUGGUGAAGGCAUCAAUGAAUAGCAAGGAUGUGCAUGUGCUAAGCAAGGAGCAUCUUGCUAUUUCUUUGGCCAAAUAUGUUGCUGACCUCUCUGAGAAAUAUAUCCGAGAGAAGGGAAGUUUCACCGUCGUUCUGUCUCCUGGACCCGUCAAAUAUCUCAGGAAGCUGGUGGAACCUCCAUAUUGUGACACUAUUGAUUGGGCUAAGUGGCAUGUAUUUUUGGUGGAUGAGAGAGUGGUCCCAAAGACUAAUGUUGAUAGCAACUACAAACUUGCUUAUGAUGGAUUCAUCUCCAAGGUACCAAUUCCGCGACUAAAUGUGAACUCAAUUGAAGAUCCCUUACCAGCUGAUGGAGCCGCAGAUGCUUAUGAAACAACACUAAGACGUUUAGUGACAAGAAAUGUGAUAUCAACAUCAUCACUAACUGGAUUCCCAAAAUUUGAUCUUUUGCUAUUAGAUAUGGGACCUGAUGGACACAUAGCCUCUCUUUUUCCAGGCCACCCUGCAUUGAAUGAAACUAGUAAAUGGGUUACAUAUCUUACGGAUGCGCCUAACCCGCCGACGAAGAGGAUCACUUUUACAUUGCCAGUGAUUAAUGCUACUUCAAAUAUUGCUAUGGUUGUGACUGGUGCUGGUAAAGCUGAUGCUGUUUAUGCUGCUCUUGAGAAAGCUCCUAAUGAUGAUAAACUUCCUAUUCAAAAGGUGAACCCUGAGGGAGAUGUGAAAUGGUUCUUGGACAAAGGUGCUGCUUUAAGGCUCUAUAAGUAG